AGGACGCGCGCACAAAACAAUCCCCAGAUUAGCUUGAAUCGCGCUGUGACACGCGCUCAAGGAGCAUUUGUCAUCAGUGAAAAAGACGAAACUGUGUCAAGUUUGGCUGGCAGGCAGACUCGUUGCUUCUACUGAAACCUUAUUUGUGCUUGACUUAACGCUUUUAAUCAUGGAUGCGUCCCUCUUUCACUUCUUCAUAGAGGAAUUCGGCGACUCCAACUGUACUCUUAUGGGUGCUUUUCAGCACACUUUAUACGAGAAUUCGUCUUUCGCGUCGAUGAGCGUCGAUGGUAUCUAUUGUAACUCUACCACGGAUGAAAUUGGAACUUGCUGGCCAAGAAGCAACUCUGGACGAAUAAUUGAGCGACCGUGUCCGGAGUACAUUAACGGCGUCAAAUACAACACCACUAGAAUUGCUUACAGAGAGUGCUUGGACAAUGGUACAUGGGCACUGAAAAGUAACUACUCCAACUGUGAGCCCAUUUUAGAGGAAAAGAGGAAGUACCCCAUGCACUACAAGAUAGCCCUCAUCAUAAACUACUUUGGUCACUGUAUAUCUGUUGGAGCUCUCGUUAUUGCCUUCAUUCUCUUUCUGUGCUUGAGGAGCAUCCGAUGCCUUCGCAACAUAAUCCACUGGAACUUAAUUACGACUUUCAUUCUGAGGAAUGUAAUGUGGUUUUUGCUUCAACUGAUUGAUCAAAACAUUUAUGAGACAAAUGAGCCCUGGUGCCGCCUUAUAACAACAAUCUAUAAUUACUUUGUGGUGACCAAUUUUUUCUGGAUGUUUGUGGAGGGCUGCUAUCUUCACACGGCUAUUGUGAUGACAUAUUCCACAGACAAGCUUCGUAAAUGGGUCUUCCUCUUCAUUGGAUGGUGUAUACCAUGUCCGAUAAUUAUAGUGUGGGCCAUUGGAAAACUUUACAAUGAAAACGAACAAUGCUGGUUUGGGAAGGAACCUGGGAAGUACAUAGACUACAUUUAUCAGGGGCCCGUGAUUCUAGUUCUUCUUAUCAAUUUUGUGUUCCUUUUCAACAUUGUGCGCAUUUUAAUGACAAAGCUGAGGGCAUCGACCACAUCUGAAACUAUACAAUACAGGAAAGCUGUGAAAGCCACUCUAGUGCUUCUGCCUUUACUCGGUAUCACAUAUAUGCUGUUCUUUGUGAACCCAGGGGAGGAUGACAUAUCUCAAAUUGUAUUUAUCUAUUUCAACUCAUUUCUUCAGUCCUUUCAGGGAUUCUUUGUGUCAGUAUUUUACUGCUUUCUUAAUGGGGAGGUACGUUCUGCAGCCAGAAAACGUUGGCAUCGAUGGCAGGAUAAUCACGCACUGCGAGUCAGAGUGGCGAGGGCCAUGUCCAUCCCCACCUCCCCCACCCGCAUCAGCUUUCACAGCAUCAAGCAGACCACGGCUGUCUGACCUUCUCAGAAUUGCUUUUUCUCAUUAGUAAUUCAGCCACACAGAUGGACUGCAAGUGGCAUGAGAGACCAAUUGAUUGUUUGCCUUUCUGAUGGUCAUGGGUGUAUCAUCCAAUAACCAGUGAAUUUAAUUUAUAUGUCUGUGUAAUUUUGACAAUCUGCCCUGAAUUAACAGGUUUUUAACAGUAUCUUCACUUACUAGUUUGCAAACAUCCAGAACACUGUAGCAUCUGUUUCAUCUAUCUAUCUAUCUAUCUAUCUAUCUAUCUAUCUAUCUAAAUUAUAAUUGGUAGCCGACUAUGAGUUAGUAAUGAACUCAAUAAUAAUUUCAGGUUAUUUUUAGGGAAGAGAACAGUGAGGGACCAGCACAUAGCACACAGAUCAGACGAAUCAAUUUAUUACAAAACACUUGUGCAUCAGAAUCACUUUCGGUACCAGAGUCUCCAGAUCUCCACAAAAGCAGCAGAUAUGGUUGUACUGCAAAAUAGGAAAACAACUGCCAAUACUCAGUAAUAUAAGUUCCAUUUCUAUUUGUUUUUCACCAAACUAUAUCAUGUGCAUUUAGAAAAGUUUAAAUAUAUGGCAAAAAUCACAAAGGGACAUUCUGUGAUACUUUUGCACCUCUUCUUAGAGCUUGAAGGACUUCACUGCCAUUAUCUGGACGAGUGCAAGCAGGACAUUUAUUAUUUUCCAGAAAAAAAUUUGUUCCUCACUACAAAAAUAAAACUGGCAAGCCAUUGUUCUGUGGCCCCAAGGAUGGCUGCCAAGGACGGAAAGCAAGCCACAAGAUUGCUUUCCGUAACCACAGUAAACCUUGAUCCAGACAGGUUAUCUUUUUUUUCAACAACUCUAAUACAAAGGAACUGUAAUAUUCAUGGUUUCACUCCACAGUGUGGAGACAUAAGCAUAAGCAAUUGCACACUCUUGUCCAUCCUGGACACCUAACCCCCGAUGACUGAUAUAUCUGUAUGCAAUUCAACAGGCAAGGAAAAAUCAGCAUAUGACACUAUAGGGGCUUGAGUAAGAUUUUGGAUUUUCAAAAGCACCACAUUUGACAUGCAACAGUUCACUUGAAUCAAUGUCCACCAAACUUCAUGUCCUACCAAAAGAGCAUUCAAUGGUUGGGCUAUUUUGUCAAAGUGGAAAUAAAACGCCUAUAAUAGCCUGCAAGGACCAAAAAGGCCCUCACCUCUAGACUGUAGUUGGGGUAGGCCAUCCUGAACAUCUCUAGCAUGGAUCCUACCUCAUUACAACCAACAUUGCCCUCAUUCUCAGCAAAGAAUAUCCCUUUAAAAGUGCUUUGAGAUCUCGGAGCUACUGUACAGUCAGAUCUGGUCUUUGGACUGAUGCGAUCCAUAGUCAGCAUGAGGACGGCACAUCUAUAAAUAUCAGGACUGUUGACUUUGUGCAGUUUCUGAUACAGUGAGAAGAAUAAGUUUGUGAACCUUUUGAAUACUAAUUGAUUACUCAUAAAAUGUGGUAUGAUCUUAAUGAACUUACAAUUAUAGACAAACACAGUUUGACAUAACUAAUAGAGAAAUUUAUACAGGUUUGGAGCAACUGAGGGGUGAGUAAAUGAUGCCAAAAUUUUCAUUUUUUGGUGAACUAUCCCUUUAAUGAAAUUGGAUACACACAACAUUCUGAGGACAUAUGCCAAGUUGUAUCAAAUUCUGGCCAUAGGGGGCGCUACAACAACAAAAAAAAUGCGUAAAAUGCAUAAAAAUUAAAGUAAAUUCGCAGCCAUAUCACCAAUCAAGUGAAAAUUGUACAUUUUAAUUUUCAUCUUCUUGGUGUCAAAUACAAAAAUAUUCUUUGAAUAUCACACAGACAAUUUAACAAACAUGGCUACCAACAGCCAAUCAAAUUUCAGCAGCUAAUAACGUCAAAUCAGAAUGGUCAACCAUUAUGAAAAGUGACAUAUUUGUACAGUGCACAGUGGCAAAACGAAGCUGUGUACGAAAUCUUGUGAGAAUUUGCAAUAAUAAUAAGCAAUGUUUUUGCUCAUAACUCUCUAUCCAUGCAUGCUAGCUUUAAAGUUAUUUCAUCUGGAUAUUUGUCAAGCCCUAAAAAUGUGUUUUCUAUAAAGUUUAUCCACCAUUCUAACUCUUUAAAAAACUAACAAAAAACUUCUUCUAGGCCAUUCAUGAGAAAACAAAACUUGUACACAUCAGCUCAUCAUGCAAUUUCUAAAAUAUCAGCCUUUUUUUUUUUUUUUUUAUGGAAUUGUUAGAAGGAGAUACUAAUGUCCUUAUUUCAAAGUAUUUUGAAUUUCAUUAUAGUUUUAGUCUUAUAAAGUUUAAUUCCAUUUGCAAAGAAAUCUGUAAUCUCCAAAAUACCUAGAUUUACAUACCAAAUAUCUACAUUUCUAUGUACCCAAAUCUGUUAUUGAAAAUAUAUUUGUCAAGUUGCAAAACACACAGUAACUGAAUGUUUUGCUGUUCAGUUAAAAUGAAGAGACCUUGUUGUCUCUUCUAAUAUAAUACAAAAAAAAAACAGAAAAACUUCUGUAAAGAGACAUUUCUUGAUCAUAUAGUGACAUGCAUGGCCAUUGUAUCAUAUCGUCAUAUCGUCUACAUGAGGCGUUGAGGCUACACUGUGUGUGUGUGUGUGUGUGUGUGUGUGUGUGUGUCCUCCAAACAUGUAAAUAGUUUUAUACUAUAUGCGGAAAGUAUGCUUUUCACAUUAACUGAUUAAUCACACUCUGUUUGAAACAACUUAGAAAUGUGUUAUUAAUAUGAUUUAAAUUAUAGUGUAUUUACAAUUCAUUUUUAAGAUUGUACAUUGAUACGUGAUUUUGAUACCUUUGAAUAAAAAGGAGUAAACUUUUACUUUUACAACUAGUUGGGCAGAUGAAUUAUGUGAAUUAUGUAGAUAAUAGAGGGUGAACUUUUCUGCUCGUAAUUAAUGUUGCAUUUUGCCAAAGACAAGAAUAUUUAAUGUUCAUUUUGCUUUUUGUAUUUCAGAUUUUUUAUUCUAGGUUUUCUGCUUGUUUGUGUGAUUAAUUGUCUGUCAUGAUACUUUGCAUAUAAUUUAUGUUCUGUAAUUUAAUGAAAAAAGACCAAAAGCCUUAAAAUUGUGGAGAUGUAAACAAUAUACAUAGUGUUACAGCUCUGUUUGAAUAUAAAACAUUGUGAACACUCAGAAACAGCCUCUCUACAUUCAUGUAGUCAGUAGUUCCUCUUUACAUCACACUGA